UAUAGCAAUGCUCAUUUCCUAUUGUCAUCCAUCUCUUUUCGUCGUUCAAUGUCGUAUUAUAUAUUGUUUUAAUCUGUUGUCGUUGUUAAGCUCUCUCUGUCGUUUUCCAGAAAAACAUAUACGAAACUAUCUUUCCCUUAAACAAACAGAUAAAGCUCUUUCACAGCGAUUGCCCGAACCCGAAGAAGCCAUGGGAGCAGUCACUCUGCUCCUUUCUCCUCCACUAUUUUCUCUUAGGCCCCUCACCGCUACAGCAACAACAGCAGCAACUACCUCUAACUUCUUCUAUUCUUCGCCGCCCCUCAAGCUCAAACUUAACCCCUUAUCUCGGUCGCCAAACAACAAUUCCUUCGUCGUUCGCGCCGAUGAGGGUGACGCCGACGGUGGAGGCCCCGACGACUAUGACAUGGACGAUGAGGAACUUGAAGAGGUUGACAACAAGAAGGACUUCGACAUAGAGUACGACACAUUAACUGGAGCCACCGCAGCAUCGGCCACCAUCGUUGUUGGAGCGGACGAAGACAUUUCCAUGGUGCAUAGCAAGAGCUUUGUCUCUACUCAAGGUUGGGAUUCGGAGAUGGUGGUAGAUUACAGGAUUAACGAGGAUGAGUUCCACAAGAUUAGCCUUUUCCAUUGUGAUUUCUUCAUUCGAAAACCUCCAGACCCAGAUAACGAUGUCUAUGAUUUCAGAGAGAUGUAUGUUACUCCUCCGGACACAGAUGUUUAUGCUGUUCCCAGGGUUCUUGCUCCAAUGCCUCAGAAGUAUAUUCGGUGUGCUAAGAGUGAUUAUGGAUGCUACAAUGUUACAGAACCACCAAUUGAUGCACCUAGAGAUCCAUUAUAUAAGAGUGAUAGAGAGAUCCUCAAGGUUUAUUUGACAAAGCACUACAGAAACCGAAGGUUAGGUGAUCCAGAAUUUGUGCUGGAUUUUGAGGAGAUAUAUGUUAUAGACUCCAAAACAAAAUCAAUUACCAGAGCAAAAGUUUUGGUCACAAUCCCGGAAGGAAGGAACAGAGAUAGAAAAAACGACCUUCUUGUUAUACGUGAUAAUGGAAAUUCCUUCAAAAUAGUUCCUUCGGAUGAAAGAGAUGACCCUACCACAGUGAUAGAGAGAGAAGAGUGGACAAAAACUAGACAAGAUAUGGAAAGACAUCUUAGGAAGCUAAGGGACUUCAACGUUUCAAAUUGGUUUUAACAAUCCGGCCGGCCAUGUUGGGCUGAAGCUGCUUCUUAUCAUCAUCCCACUACGAUCAAGUUAAUGUUGCUUGCUGCUGCAGAAGAUGAAUGGAGCUGAAAGACUUGGCAAAUUUCUUUAAACGCAAUCAUCUCAACAUAAUUGACAAGAGACUAUGUCAGCGGCCACUGGAUACUAAUGUCAGAUUUUUUAAAUGUCUUCUGGAUGACAUGGUUGAGCAUAAGAAAGCUUAUGAGUUUCUUGUAGAGUAGAAGUAGACUGAGGUUAGGUAUUUAGCUGUGUUGGAUUUAUCACAAGGUUAAUGAAAUUUUGGACAUUUUUUAAA